AAUUAUUUGUUAUAUAGAUUUCCUAGAACUAGAAAAUCGAAUUUGAACUUGGCUAUUACUAGUUAUUUUAACUUAAAUAUCUAUAUUCUUAAUCUGUUUAUUAUUAGUAAAGCUAUUCUAAAGCGCCUAUUUAAUAGCUUUCUAAGUUACUAUAUUAUUUUUUUAGAAGAUAUUAAUAUUAUUAGCUCGAAUUAA